UUAUAAAAUAAUGGACAUCAGGCUAACUGGUUUAAAUUUUAAUAACAAUGAUGAUGAAGAUCGUCUACCUGAUACACUACCAGGUGAUGAAACACAAUCACAGCCAUUAUCAUCAUCACCACUAAAUAAAAUAUCAAAAGGCACAUGGGGUAUACUUAUACCAUGUUGUCAAAGGCAACUUGAUGAACAUCAUAACAACAAUCGAAAGCCACUUAAAAUAUGUUGUUUGACGAAAAAUGAAUAUAAAGCUGGACGAUUGGAACAUGUGGAUAUACAAUUUAAUAAAGACAAUACAGAUUCAAAAAGAUUACUUCAAACAAGUAAAACACAAUUUAUAAUUAAACGUGAAAGAGUAACAAAUUAUGAAACAGCCGAUUAUGAAGGUGAUUUUGUUGCUGUUAUUCAUGACAAAAGUACAAAUGGUACAUUUAUUAAUAAUUCAAAACUAAAAAAUAAAAAAGGCAUACUCCAUCAUAAUGAUACAAUAAGUAUUGCUAAAUCUGGUUAUGAAGUCUUCCAGUACGUGCAAACAAAAAAUUUAGUUGAGAUUCCAUCAGAGUUGGCUAAAAAUUACGUGGCUUUGAGACUUUUAGGACAUGGUAUUUGUGGACCAGUCAAAUUAAUUUAUUCAAAAACUGAUUAUUGUCCAUUGGCAUUAAAAUGUAUUAAAAAAAAUAGCUUUUAUAAGAUGGCUCAUCAAAAUAGUUUUAUGAGUGAAGCUGAUAUAUUAAAAGGAUUGAAACAUCCAAAUGUGAUUCAAAUGGUACAUGCAAUAAAUACACCAUCUAAUAUUUUUAUCAUGCUUGAAUACAUGCAAGGUGGUGAAUUACAUGAUAGAAUUAAAAAAAAUGUUGGUUUAUCAGAAAAAUUAACAAAAUUUUAUUUCUAUCAAAUUGCAACUGCUGUUGAGUAUCUUCAUGGCAAAGGAAUAACACAUCGUGAUCUUAAACCAGAAAAUAUAUUAUUACUAGAUAACGAUGAAUAUACACUUGUUAAAGUAACUGAUCUUGCUUUCUCAAAACUGGUUGAUCAUAAAAUAAUGAUUAAGAAAUUUAAUGGAACAUCAUAUUAUGUUGCACCAGAAAUAUUUAGAAGCAUAGAAAAAGGACAGUAUACGAGCCGAUUCGAUGUAUGGAGUUUGGGUGUUAUGUUCCAAAGACGUUAUAAAAGCGUUAAUCCAAAAGAUCGUUACUCAGCUCCACACGUUCUUGCAAGUUCAUGGCUGGAUGAUAAAGAACUAAUGAUAACAGUUUCAAAAACUUUAAAACCAUAUAUUAUUAGUGAAAUUAAAAGUCUAAGUUUUGAUAGAGGAAUUGGUAGCAAAUGA